AUGAUCGCUAUGGGUCUAUCGAUCACGCCAAAGAAGCCUUCUCUUGUGUUCUUCAUGAUGGAUAAAGAUUCCUUGUGCCCUUUGCAAGUUUCUCAAUUGAGGCUAGUGUGGACAAUGCGACGACAAUGUGGGUGGAGGAUCGGAGGAUGA